UGCGAGGAUCCUCGCUGCCUACGCUGGUGGGCGACAAAGCGGCCGCAAGUAUAAAGAGCGAGCGGGGACUCCCCGGCUCCACUCCCACGAAGACCAGGCACAGCGACUCCGUUCCCAGAGCUGAACCCCAGCAGAGAUAGCAGCAAGCAGGCACUUCCUCGCCGCGCAGGCUAACUCGCUUUCGGCUUUGGUUCGCCAUGGAGACCCGCUGCACUAGGAGGAGUUCCAGCAGAGCAUCCCACAACUUCAAGAGUGGACUGUCCCUGUGGCUGAUCCUGUGGCUGGUGGUAGUCAAGCCCAGCAGUGUGGCGCCAUGCCCCAGGCUUUGUGUGUGUUACCCUACACCCAUGACGGUCAGCUGCCAGUCCCAGAACCUCACCAUCGUGCCAGCCGGCGUGCCCUACGACUCGCAACGGGUGUUCCUGCAAAACAAUCGCAUCACCGAGCUCCGUGCCGACUCCUUUGGCUUUGAGACGCAGGUGCUUUGGCUUUACGGCAAUAACAUCACAUUGAUUGAGGCCGGGGCCUUUAGCAACCUAAGGGUUCUGGAGGAGCUGGACCUGGGUGACAACCCCUCACUUCGGCACCUUGAAGGCGGAGCGUUCAGGGGGUUGGAGAAGUUGCAGAGCUUGCACAUGCACCGUUGCAAGUUGGCCAUGUUGCCCCAUGACCUCUUCCUCAAGCUCUACAGUCUACAGUUUCUCUACUUGCAGGACAAUCAACUUCACAUUCUGCAGGACGACCUGUUCUCAGAUCUGGUCAACCUCACCCAUUUAUUUCUCCACGGCAACCGCAUCCGCACCCUGUCUGAGAAUGUUUUUCGAGGCUUGGUCAAUCUGGACCGCCUGCUCCUCCACGACAACCGAAUCCGGCAGGUGAACCGUCGCUCUUUCCGCGAUCUGGGCCGCCUGACCAUUCUUUACCUGUUCAACAACUCCCUGGCUGAGUUGCCAGGACAGGCCAUGAAAGACACUCAAGGCAUUCAGUUCCUCCGCCUCAAUGGCAACCCCUGGUCCUGCGGUUGCGAGGCCCGUCCUCUCUGGGAGUGGUUCCGUAAGGCUCGUAUCGCCUCCUCUGAGUUGCUGUGCUUGUCGCCAUCCCAGCGUCGCGGGCAAGACCUCCGAUUCCUCCGGGAGCUGGACUUCGCCCUCUGCCCCAUGCCUGACCCUGGCUCUCUGGCUGGUACCACCACGACCUCCUUCAGUACCAAGACCCGCUGGUGGUUCUCCAAGAACAAGCCCGCCUCCAAAGCGUUGUACCAGAAGAACACAGAGACAGUGAAGGCAUUCCCAAAGCAUCUUCCCAAAACCAUCUUUGAAGCUUCAAAGUAUGAACUAUCCGAGGCCGAGGUGGCUCUCCCAAAGCUCGACACAGAAGAGUACUGGGCCAACUAUGGCAACGAAGAUGCCUCCAUCCGCUGCUUUGAGCCGGAGUGCGGCCCAGGCUAUGAAAAUCCAGCGUUUGUCUCCUCCUUCUCAGCCUUCGCUCCCAGUCCGGUCCUCCUCCACCCUCUCUUCUUCUCCAUUGUCACAUUCUUCCUCCAUUUCCUUUUUGGUUGAAACUAUCAUUUCUCUAACUUCCUUUUCUUCUCCGAUUCCCCCCUUCUGCUCCUCUCAACUCUAAACAAAAACACGGGAUCUCAAUCCCUUCCAGUCACCCCCUGGAGCUGCAGGUCGGUGACAGAAGUCAGUCGAGGCAGUCAGGAUCUGUUUCAGACGCAGAGUCGCGGUGACGUAGAGGCUGAAAAUCGGCAACUUCUUCUUGUAAGCACAGCCUUCAAAAAACUGACCUCUUGGAGACAGGAAGUAAUGAAUGACACAGACACACAACACAGGAAGUUGGUGAGCUAGCAGCAAACUAUGCAGAUGACGUCUACAGCAGGGGUGUCCAAAGUUGUUUACAUUUUGUUCAUAAAAAUACAAUUUAACAAGAACACUAUUGUAAUUUCCGGGCUACAGAGUACGCCUAGGUUUCGUACAAAUUUAUGAGCAGCAAGUGUACACACUGAAAUAUUUACACAGGCGCUUGUGUUCAUUCACAAAUGUAACAAAAGGCGGUGCCUGUAACGCGGCAUACAGUCGCCUACCGGAAAAGCCAUUGAGCGUGGUCUUCGUCCUUCUCCUCGUCCUGCUUAAAACGCUAAAGCCGUCUUCUUGGGAGCGUGGCGAUCCGGCCUUCCGGGCCCCGUCAGUGACGGUGGAUUUUGGGGCCGCGUUUUGUGCAUUUUGUUGUUGCUUCUCCAUGAUGAUGGUGAGUCCAUAACAUGCUAAAUGGCCGACCGAACGAUUGCGCUAUUGCGUUCAAUUUGAUGCUAACAAUUUCAUCGGUCCGCCGUUGAUCCGUUCGGCAAUUCCAUUGCUUUGAUGCGACAAGGCUGAAUUUAUUGGCGGCGUGUAAAGCGUGUAAAAAUCCAUAAAUUAACUGCAGCAUUGAAUAAAGUGCAGGGUUCAACGUGGAGAGAAAAAAAAGCAACAGCUUGACCGCGAUAAAGGAAUUAUUGCAAAGUAGGAAUAAUUCAUUAUAAGUCAAUAUUUUAAUAACUAGAGCAUAACAAAUGGUUAAUAGCCCUCUAAAUACAGUUUUUAACAUUAUAACUGAAUUGCUUAAAUCAGGCAAGAAAUGUUGAAGUAGUAACAGGUAUAAGGGAAUUUUGGGAAAACCGGGAAUUUUUCAAGUUUAAACAACUUUAUUUGUGUCCUUAAGUGGAAUGAUUUGACGGUGGAACAGUUACAUGGGUUGAAAAACGUGGAAGGAAUAGUCAACAGUAAAAAGGGUGGGAAAAACGGGAAUUAUUAAGAAUUCCUGGAAUUUUUUUCAACUUGGAAAAAAAAUUGUUUGAAUGUCCAGUAUGAGUGGAAUAUGUUGAAGGUGGAAUGGUUUGAAUCGGUUGAAAAAUGUGGAAAUGGUUGAAGUUUGACAUUAAUUUUUUGUUGGGGGAAAAAUGUCCCGGAAAACCUGGAAUUCUGGGAUUUUUUAAAUUUUGUCAAGGGAAGGCUGAACAGUUUGAAGUUGGAAUGGUUUGAAUCGGGGGGGAAAUGUGGAAGAUCUAGCGCGCCACAAUCUGAAGAAGAAGAUGUGUAGACAACAUAUGUGUGAAUGUUUUGGAGCAUUCACACAAUAAAUUCAGAGGUGGAUCUCAAUACUUAGUUCAUAUCACCUAUUUCAGUUCAUGUAGAGACGUCACUGCCAGCUUUGAGGUGGUGACAAAAGAAAGCGAGCGGACUAGUGCUGGAUGGUUUGCAGCCAAGAGUGACUCGGCCAUCACAGCCGCCCACACUCGUACACACAACACAACACACACCACACAACACACACACUACCCUUUUAGUAGCCUUUAAUCAUAGACAAGAACAUGAACCUCUUGUGCCUGAAGUAAAUAUGACAUUAAUGUCCUGUUAAUACCUUGGAUCUCUUACUUUUUUCUGUGUUUUGUGUUAAAUAUCAUUAUGUAUUAUAUUUAUUCAUUAUAAUCUUUUUUUCUAUUGCUCUUUGCAGUUUAGAAAUAAUGUAAUAGAUUUAAAACAUUUGAUAUAUUAUUUGAAAAUGUGUAAGUUGAUUCCCUUUUGUCUUUAAUUAUAGAGAGUAUAUUUUUUGACAUCAAUUCCUGAAGCCAUUUGUCAAAGUCAUGUUAUCCAAGUCAUGUAUAAUAACCCAUUAACACUGUUGAUGUCUGUGUUUUUUUAUUGAAUAAAUGCUAGAAGCAAUGCUUUGGUUUGUUUAA